GCCCCCCGGCGCCAGCGGCGCGGUCGAGGAGGUCCUCGUUCGCGGCGGAGCGCAGGACUGUCGCCGAGACCGCCAGGGCGCUGCUGGAGAUCAGCUCCCAGGCCGUGGGGGUCUACCACCACGACAGGCCCAGGCCGCGCGACUGGUGCAGGGCGCUGCAGGUCGUCGUCGACGGCCUGGACGUGUCCGGCCACCACGAUGGGAGGACCCCGGGCGGGGAGGGGCGCCCAGGUGCUGCUCCUCUCCAGCCAGGCCGGGGGCGACGUCGAGGGGGCAGGCAUGACGGCCCUCGCCUUCAAGAAGCUCGUGGGCUCGGACCCGCGCGCGGCGGGAGCGGCCCCGCUGUCGCUCAGGACGAUCCGCUCGGGCUGCUUCGGGCCGGAGGGCGGCGAGGCCGGGCCGGCGCCGUGGCAGCUGCGCGGGGCGCAGCCAGUCCCGGAGCCUGCCCGCCUCUCGUCGCCGCCGGGCGUUGGCGACAAGGGCGGCGAGCAGGUCGCGGAGGACACCGACCAGCCGGACAGCGCCGGCCUCGGGCCGUGGGACAGGGUGCUGAGGUUCGAGGACGACGCGCGCACCCCCGCGCGGGCGGCGGGCUCGGACCUCGACGCGGCCGCGGGCGAGAUGGCGCCGUGGAGCAAGGGGGGCAACGACAUCCUCGGACUGCACGUCGAGCACGCGCCGCACCCGCCGAGGACGCAGUUCGUGCAGUUCACGUGCCAGAGCGAGAUCAAGGCGCGUCUCUCGCCCAAGUGGAUAGCCGUCCUCAGCCUGCUGUCCCAGGACCUCCCCCCGCCUCCGCUUGUUGCCGCUGCGGGGAGCAAUGGCCCAUACCGCUACCCUUGC